UUUGUAUAAACAAUUAAAAAUGGGUAAAGAACGUGGACGAGGACGAGGACGUCGGAAUUUCCAAUCCAAACCGUAUAACAAGCACAAUUGGCGUGGACAAAAGAAAGAGCACUCAAAACAUAGCAAUGGCCAGUCACAAUCAGUCAACAGAGUACCACAGCAGAAGUGCACACUGCUUGAGAAUCAGGUGGGCAUUACGGAAUUCACAAAUGCAGACAUUGCAGGCUUUACGGGCAUUCUGAAGUCUCGUUUCUCCGAUUUCCAUGUCAACGAAAUCGACACUGACGGGCACGUGCUACAGCUGAAUGAUUUAAGCGUGCCAAAGGCGGAAAUUGAACCCGUGGAUCCGGUGGUAUUAGACGAAUGGCGCGAAAAGCUGGCCCCAAUCAUUGACAAAGAAAUGUGGCAGCAAAUAGCCGACUUGUCCACAGCCAAAUAUGAUAAUAAGAGUGAACAGAAAGUGGAUAUAAACGUUAGCAACCUUACUAAGCAGGAACGUACUCUAAUCCAUCACCUUGUGAAACAGCUCUACAGGAACAAAUUGGUAUCCAAAACAAUUGAGCAGCCAGCAAAUCAACAGGUGGAAGAGCAGAAAAUAAUACGCAUAGCAAAGCCCAAACCAGGCCGCUCUGAUAGCCGUUGGAGUUUUCCACAUGACUUUGUUAGUUUUCUGGUGCACAAAGUCAAUAUGGAUACGAGUGAGGUGGCUUCAACGAUAGCAAAUCGCUUGACUCUGCAUCCAUCGCAGGUGAACUAUUGUGGCACCAAAGAUAAACGCGCAAAAACCACGCAACGAUUUUGCAUUAAACGUCGUACUCCCGAGGCCAUCGCGAAUGCUGCGCGAGGUAUAGGCAAUGUUUUCAUUGGUAACUUUUCCUUCCGGCCUGAAACGUUGAAGCUGGGCGAUCUUAAGGGCAAUCGCUUCCGUAUUGCACUGCGCCACAUUACACAUCCUCGAGAGCACAUCGAGCAGGCAUUGGAGUCACUAAAAGAGCGCGGAUUUAUCAACUAUUAUGGCCUGCAGCGGUUUGGCAAUAGCGCGAGUGUACCCACUCAUGAGGUGGGCGUGGCACUGCUCAAACGCGAUUACAAGCUGGCCUGUGAGUUGAUAUUAAAGCCACGUGACAAUGAUUUGGAGUUUAUGCGCGCUAUACGUGAGGCUUGGUGGGAGAAUCGGGAUUCAGCUGCUGCUGCAGCCAUGUUCCAUGGAAAUAAGUUCAUUGAAAAGAAGCUCUUGGACGGCUUGGCCACGUAUGGCGAGAACGAUUACGCUGCAGCUCUGCGCCGCAUUCCACGUAAUAUGCUACUCCUAUACCCUCAUGCUUAUCAGAGUCUGAUCUUCAAUCGCAUCGCCUCGCGACGAAUCAGAGAGUUUGGAUUAAAAUUGAUUCCUGGAGACUUGGUUUACGUCGAGGAAGAGAAUGGUCAGCAGGUUCAAGCUCCAGAGGAGACUGUGCCGUCAGCUGGAACCGACGAAAUCAUAGAGGAUGUGUUGGAAGGUGUAGGUGACAGUCCGCUGGAAGAGGAGUCCAUAUUUAAACGUAAAGUUCGCCCACUCACAGAUGAGGACAUAGCCGGAGGCAAAUAUAAAUUGUCAGAUGUAGUACUCCCACUUCCUGGCUACGAUAUAACAUAUCCGAGCAAUGAGUGUGGCGCUUGGUAUGAGGAGAUGCUCGCGGAGGUAGGGUUAACGUCGGAGCAAUUGCGACACAAGGAGAAAACCUAUGCUCUUGGCGGUGCCUAUCGUAAACUGCUCAUACAAACGGACGACUUGAAAUGGAGUUUUCGUCGAUACAGCACACACGAGGACACACUGAUAGCCUCGGACUGGGAGCAGUUGAAAAACAUUGAGGUUACACCUGAGCCCCCUGAGUCAGAGAACUGCUAUACGGCUCUGCUGUUGGAGUUUACUUUGCCAACAGCUGUUUAUGCAACAAUGCUUCUGCGCGAGCUAUUUAAACAGGAUACCUCAACGGCCACACAAAUGCAACUGGAGAAGGAGGAGAUCAAUAAAAAGCUCGCACAAGAAGUUCCCACAAUUGAAGCCAAAGCGCAGCCGCAGCCAAUUUAAAAAAAAAAAAAAAAUGCAGCUACUAAAACAACAAAUCGAUAAGAAAAAUCAAUU